AUGUCGUCGAUCGAUCACGCAAAGCAACCGCAGGAGGUUGACGAGGAGGUCCAGGAUGUCCAGCCUACGAAGCCUGUGUCACGUUUCACGCGCUGGUACAGAUCGCCAUUGUUCAAUGUCAUCAUUGUGGGCUUGAUCUCCUUCACUCAGCCUGGUAUCUGGAAUGCUCUUAACAGCACCGGUGCUGGUGGCCAGCAAGAGCCUUACCUCGUCAAUGGCUCCAACUCCCUCACUUUCGGCAUCAUGGUCUUUGGCUGCAGAUUCUUCGCCAUCAUGGCCAACAAGAUCGGUCCGAAGACGGUUCUGAUCAUCGGUACCCUCGGCUACGCACCGUACUCGGCAUCGAUGUACGCCAACAACCGCUACGGCGUAGAAUGGUUCGUGCUGUUCGGCGGUGCGACUUGCGGUGUUGCCGCCUCCGCUCUGUGGGCAGCUGAAGGCGCUAUCGCUUUGGGGUACGCCGAUAUCAAGGACAGAGGAAAGUUCACCGGUAUCUGGCUCGGUCUGCGUGAGCUUGGACAGCUUCUCGGCGCCGCCAUUCAGCUCUCCCUGAACGUCAAGGAGAACCAGCGUGGAAAGGUUGGAUACUCGACCUACCUGGUCUUGAUCGCCCUGCAGUGCCUUGGUCUUCCUUUAGCGUUGCUCGUAUCGCCCCCGCAAAAGGUCAUCCACAGCGACGGCCGGAAGAUCGCUGACCCUACCAAGAACAAGGCUGUUCUGGGAGAGUUCCGCAAGUGGCUCAAGCUGCUCAAGAAGAAGCAGUUUUAUCUUCUGAUUCCCAUCCUCGUCGGCUUCAACUGGAACAGCACCUACCAGGGCAUUUACCUGACCAAGUAUUUCUCUGUGAGAGCGAGAACCCUCGGUGCCUUGACGUCUGGGAUUGCGGCAUCUGCCGCCAACAUCUUUUGGGGCUGGUUCUAUGACCUGAAGUGCUUCAGCCGACCUCAGCUCGCCAAGAUUACCUGGUCCUGUUUUUCAGUCAUCAUGCUUGGCCUGUUCGCAUGGCAGGUGGCCAACGAGAAACUCUACGAGGACACUGUCCCCAAAGUUACCCUCGACUGGAGCACGCCUGGAUUCGGACGCGGUUUUGCUGUCAACGUGCUCUUCCGCUUCAUGAACGAGUCGCACUACAUGUUUGUUUACUGGAUUAUGGGCACCUUCUUUGACGACAUCGAGACUCUGACCCUCGGCGUUGGUCUCGUUUCUCCGAUGGUGAAUCUCGUCGUUGCGUUCGUCAUGUUUGUCGUCUGCGUCCCUGCGACGUCGUGGGCUGUUCUGCUUGUGCCAGAGCGACCAGUCGACAACACGAAACUAGAGGCGAAAGACUCUGCUGUCGAAGACACGAAAGUAGUCGCAAGCCCAGUUGAUGUAACUACCGCCGCGGCCGCCGUUGAUGGUCCUCGGAACGUUUGA